CGAUCAGCCAUGUGAGCUGCCACAGCUCUAGCAACCCCAUGGAAGUCAUCAUGUCUGAAUGAUUUUGACCAAUCAUACUAACAGGCAGGAAUAUCACAGUUUUCUAUUAACGGAAAGAAUAACCGAUGAUGCUGGAAAUAGUUUGCUAAAAAAAAUGCACCAGAAGUUCUAGAGCUAGUUGAUCUGCAUGGACAUUUCUGUCAUUUGAGAAUCAAAGCAGCUCCACACACGUGAGACAGCAUGAUUUCGCGAGGCUCUUCCGUCCACCACACGCGGCGUACCAACAAUCCGUUCAUGACCACGAGCUCUGGGAUUGUCGGCAUCGAUCUUCACGAAAAAGUUACAUAUGACGCUCCUCAACUUCGCGGCAGUUCGAGCAACAACCAGAUCGGAACGGGAGAGCCACGAUCGUCGAACUCGUUGACCGAGUUCAUGUACCAGACGACAUCAGGGGCUCUAGGCGAAGGUGUCCGGGCACAGGAACGAUUGAAACUCAGCCAGCGGAUGGACAAGCUCACUGUACACAAAGAGGUGGAGGCUUCCGGACUUGUCACCAUCCGACGUGUAGACGUCGCAGCGCCUGAAGAUUUUGCGCUCCGACCCGAGGAAAUUAUGCCCAAGCCCAUCGAUAUCAAGCCGAUCACCGAAGCACAAAACCAACAUCCUCUAUACGCCACGAGCUGUCGAGAAAUCGGCGCCGAGAAGGCACAGCUCAAGGUCGAAGUCGAGCGACUCGGACGACCGAACACUUUCACCAAUUCCUUCAAUGGAUUCCGCUACCGCGACUUCGGUCUGAAUACUGCAGUGACCAAAUCUCGCAUCUGCGACCAACUCGAGUACUCUUGAAUGUGUAUCUCUUCUAUCUGCUAGCAAAUAAAAAUCCGCAAAAAAUCGAAAAAGUAAAAAACAAAUUACUCGG